UCUUGGCUGAAUAGCGUGUUCUUUGCGCGGAAAUACAUCCUCUUCUGCUGUAAUACGGAGUCUCGGGGAUAUCAGGUUGACACAUUUGUUGCUGCAAUGACGGAGACGACGCUGAAGUUCGGUCCGGAGUGGUUGCGAGCCCUGUCUCAUGGCAGCGGGAGCAGUGGUGGCGGCGGCAGCGGCACUGCCACAGGGCUCGGCUCACCGCCAGCCAGCCCCAGCACCACUCUCCCCAGUUACAAGAUGGCCGAACACCGGUACGACCGAGAGGAGAUGCUGGCGCUGUACGAGAAGGGCAUUCUGGCACCGGACGAGAUGUCGCAGGACGACGCCGUCUUCGUCGACAAGUGCCAGCCGCCAGUGGCCUUCAGUAACGUGACCGAAGAGGAAAAGAUGGCCUGGCAUUCGGGCGUCAACAGCGAGGCGGUGCUGCGGCUGACAGGCCGCGGCGGCGGGCCGGCGGCGCGCGGCCGGGGCGGCUCCAUGGACCGCGGGAGGGGCCGCGGGCGAGGCUUCGGCUUCCGCGCCGGCUACGACGACGGCGACGACGUGGGCUUCGGUCGCCGCGACCCGGGUCCGCCCGGCUAUCUGCGCGGCAAGUCGUUCGAGCGUUCCCACAGUAUGCACGAGGGCGCAGACCGACCCAGCUGGGGCGACCGGAACGGGCUGGACAGCGUCUCGCCGCGUAAGGAGAUGGGCCGCAGCUCGACGUCGGACAACUGGCGCAGCCGGGAGCCGGCGGGCGCCGACGACCGGUGGCGCGUCAAGGUGCCGCCGCGGCCGGCCGACAAGUGGGGUGAGUCGCUGCCGCCGUCGCCGCCGCCCGGCCACUGCCGGGGGCCGAGAAAGGCGACCGAAUCGGGCGGCGCCGGCGGCAGCUUCGACUCGACAGGCGCCUUCCACGGCGACUGGGGCGACGAGGGCCUCGGCUCCCGCGAGGUCAGCCGCGCGACCAGGCCGGGCCGCACUCCCGACUCUGUGGUCCGCUGCCGCCGCGGUCUGGAGCUGUCACUGCUGACGUUCUGA